CAAAUUCGAUAUAAUUUGCCCAAGAAGUUGAAGUCUUGAUCCUCUUUCCAUUUCACCAUUUUUAACCAUUGCCAUGAUGCAGAGCUCAAUUAACUCAACACUCGCUCCCCCCAUUACAAUACAAACAAAAUUCCUUGAUUCUUUUUGAAGCGAAUUUCUUGAUUUUUGUUCUUUAUGAUUGUGUUAUAGAACAUAGAUUCUGAAUAACAUGCAGGUUUAUAGAUUUACAUACAUACAGUGAUAGUGAUACAGAUCAGAUAAUAUUCUCCUUUUAUUGUUGAAGAAAAAGAUGACGACAUCACAGAGCCUUCUUCCUAUAUCUACCCCUCGACCCCCUCCUCCCCCUGCGGCGUUAGCAGGAUCUGGAGCCACAAUGCUGAUCAGAUCGGAGCGCGAUCACAUGGCCGCCUCCGCCCCCGCCUCGACACGGAUUCUGAUUUCGCAGUCAUCUUCCUCUCUGGAUUUGGAGGACGAUAGGAGAAUCGAGAGCGUGCCUUUUCUCUCUAGGACCUCGAGUUUCACUGGCUCCAACGAUGCCGCCCUGGGUAGUUCGAAUGCUUUUUUUAAGAAGCAGAGACGGAGGCGAGUUUCCAGUGAUUCGUCGCUCUCUUCCAGCUCCGGUGGCAGCCGCAGCUCCUCUUUCCGUCAGGAUGUCGGAAGGGCGGCUUCUGAAACCUAUUUGGUCACAAGAUUGGCCGUUAAGCUGUUGGGGUAUCUCGGGCUACAGAUGGAUCACCAGGUUUCUUGCCCUUGGAUGUUAUGCUUUACUUCUUAUGCCUGGUUUUGUUCAAGACAUAAAAUUCUAGGAAAUAAUGCAUACGAAAUCUGUUUCUGUUGCAGUGGGAUAUUACUACUUCUUUUCCAGGCAAGUCCGGAGAAGUAUUGUCUUUGGCUGGACCUUUACCUGCCUAAAAACAAUGAUGGCCCCAAGCCAGUUGUAGCAUUUAUAACAGGUGGAGCCUGGAUCAUUGGUUACAAAGCUUGGGGUUCUCUUUUAGGACAACAGUUAUCUGAAAGAGGCGUAAUAGUGGCAUGCAUUGAUUACAGAAAUUUCCCUCAGGCAACUAUCGGCGAUAUGGUCAGAGAUGCUUCCCAAGGUAUCUCCUUCAUGUGCAAUAAUGCGGCUGAAUAUGGAGGUGAUCCUAACAGAAUAUACUUAAUGGGACAAUCAGCCGGUGCACAUAUUGCUGCAUGUGCUCUCGUGGAACAGGCGAUCAAAGAGGCUGGCAAGGGACAAAGCGUUUCAUGGAGUGUAUCUCAAAUAAAGGCGUAUUUUGGGUUAUCUGGAGGGUACAAUUUGCUUAGCCUAGUCGAUUACUUCCACAGCCGAGGUCUGUAUCGCUCACUUUUCUUAAGCAUAAUGGAAGGGCAAGAAUCUUUGGGAAAAUACUCGCCAGAAUUAGUUGUGCAAGACCCAAAUGUUAGAAAUGCAGUUCCACUCCUUCCUCCUAUUAUCCUUUUCCAUGGCACUGGAGACUAUUCCAUUCCUUGUGACUCCAGCAAGAAAUUUGUGGAUGUUCUGAAUGAUCUUGGCGGUAAAGCUGAAUCAAUCAUGUAUGAAGGGAAAACACAUACAGAUCUGUUCCUUCAGGAUCCAAUGAGAGGUGGAACAGAUGAGAUGUUGGAGGAGUUGAUCAGUAGAAUUGAUUAUGGCAACCCAGAAGCCUUUGCAGAAGCUGCUAAUGCUCCCCGGAGAAAGCGCUUAGUGCCUGAAUUCAUGUUGAAGUUGGCUGGCAAAGUUAGCCCAUUUUAGGCCACAAAUAACUUCAUUUUACACGGAUUACUCAUCUUCACAUAUUAUUGUACAUACUGAAAACAGAUGGAUAUAUUUUUUGCAGAUAGUUUUAUUCUAACUUCAUUUGAUUAAUUUGUGAUA